GAUCAUCAACGACUUAAAAAAAAUAAAACGUCAUACGUGUGACGCAUGGCCAACAAUAUUGGUCUUCUCGAUUUAUUUAUAUACCAUGCACCAAACCCAUGUUAUUAGCCACAUUUUACUUAAUUACGUAAUGGCUUUGCCACUUAAGCAACCUCAUUUUGUGCUAGUUCCACUUCUGGCUCAAGGCCACAUGAUCCCCAUGAUAGACAUGGCAAGGAUUUUGGCAGAGAGAGGGGUUAUUAUCACAUUGGUAAGUACCCCUCACAAUGCCUCAAGAUUUGAGCAAACAAUCAUUAGAGCAGCAAAAGCAGGGCUUCCAAUUCAACUCCUACAAAUCCCAUUUCCAUGCCAAAAAGUGGGACUUCCAUUAGGCUGCGAUAACCUUGAUACUUUACCAUCUAGAACCCUACUUAGAAACUUCUAUAUUGCCCUUGACAUGAUGCAUGAACCUUUGGAACAAUAUCUCCAAAACCAUCCUUCUCCACCAAGUUGCAUUAUAUCAGACAAAUGCCUCUCUUGGACUUCUAUAACAGCCAAGAAGUUCAACAUUCCAAGGCUUGUCUUUCAUGGCAUGUCUUGUUUUUCAUUACUUAGCUCCCAUAAUAUCAAGCUCCACAAUUCUCAUCUUUCAUGCUCUUCUGACUCAGAACCUUUUCUCAUACCAGGAUUGCAUCAAAGGAUUGAGAUAACCAAAGCACAACUCCCUGGAGCUUUUUUUCCUCUGCCUGAUUUGGAUGAUUUUAGACACAAAAUUUUAGAGGCUGAAAUGUCAGCUUCUGGGGUUGUGGUAAAUAGCUUUGAAGAAUUGGAGCAAGGGUGUGCUAAAGAGUAUGAGAAGGCCUUGAACAAGAGAGUUUGGUGCAUUGGUCCUGUGUCCUUAUCCAACAAGGAUAGUUUGGACAAGUUUGAGAGAGGAAACAAGCCUUCGAUUGAAAAGAAGCAAUGCUUGGAUUGGCUAACCUCAAUGGAAACAAGAUCAGUUAUUUAUGUUUGCCUUGGAAGCUUAUGUAGGCUUGUUACAUCUCAAAUGAUAGAACUUGGGUUGGGUUUAGAAGCAUCAAAUCAACCAUUUAUUUGGGUGGUCAAAACUGCAGGACAAAAAUUCUCAAAGCUAAAUAAUUGGUUAGAGAAUGAAAAUUUUGAUGAAAGGAUAAGAGGUAGAGGACUUGUCAUAAAGGGAUGGGCCCCGCAAACUUUAAUAUUGUCUCACCCUGCAGUUGGAGGAUUCUUGACCCACUGCGGCUGGAAUUCAACUAUAGAAGGUGUGUGCUCCGGGUUGCCAAUGAUAACAUGGCCUUUAUUUGCUGAGCAAUUCUUAAAUGAAAAAUUUAUUGUGCAAGUUUUGAAGAUUGGAGUUGGAAUAGGUGUUGAGGCUCCAGUAAGGUGGGGUGAUGAAGAGAAAGUUGGUGCAAUGGUGAAGAAAAGGAGAAUCAUGGAAGCUAUAGAGAUGUGCAUGACGGGAGGUGAAGAGGGCGAAAAAAGGAGGAAUAGAGCAAUAGAGCUUGGAAAGAUGGCAAGAAAGGCCAUAGUGGAGGAAGGUUCAUCUCACUUCAACAUUUCAUGCUUAAUUGAAGAUAUUAUGAAGCAUUAACUAAUAUAUUAAAUAUGUGUUGUUACAGCUGGUGAUUAAUUAUUUAGCGAUCUUUGUUUUUCCUUGUGUCAUUUUCUCAUGGAUAACUUAUAAUAAAUAAAAUAAAAUAAACUUUUGGGUGCUAAGAAAAGUAAGAGACUACAAUAUUUUUUAUGAUAAAAUAUAUGGUUGUGGUUGACCGUUUACAUACAUGUAAGUAACUGAUAUAUUGUAUACUUUUGGUCUUUCAUUUGAUCUGUUAUGAAGGCUUAUUAUUAUCAAUUAAUGUACUUUUC